ACAAUCCUAAAAUUAACACAUCACAUCUUUACACACACACACACACACACACACACACACACACACACACACACACACAGAGCGCGAACGAGAACUAGCCAGGAAGAGAAUCAAGAGGGAAAAUGUUUUUGGCCGGAGCUGAAGAACGACGCGAAACCGAUAAGAAGCAGCGUGGUGGAUGGAAAGCCAUUGCUUAUAUUCUAGGGAAUAAGACGUUUGAGAGGCUGGCAGUGUUUGGGCUGCUUGCGAACUUUCUGGUGUAUCUGACAAGGGAUCUUCACAUGGAUCACGUUUCUGCUGCGAUUAUUGUGAGUUUAUGGUUUGGUUUCUCUAACUUUGGACCUCUCAUUGGUGCUUUCGUCUCUGAUGCUUAUGCUGGUCGAUUCGCCACCAUCGCUUUCGCUUCUUUCUUCUCUCUUGUGGCUGCUUUGGCCCCAAGAUUAGCAAGGACAACAUAAUAUACUUUCGCUUCAUGCAAAGCUAAGGAGGUGGCAUGUGACUUGUGCAUCAAUUGGGCAAUUGAGGUCAACACUCCUUGAAAUCAAUGGCUGAUGGUUUGUACGUGAAUUAUGAUUAUUUUGAGGGAUUAAAUCAGCCUAAAUGAUGUGGAUGACACAUGAGAAGUUAGGCACACAUUGGAAUCAUCUACAAACCAAUAGGAAGUUGCUACCUUGCAAGUGUGACAAGGCUCCCAUUUACAUUUUAAUUUCUUUUUUUUUUUUUUAAUUAAGCUUCAGCUGAUGGGAAACACCAAGGAGCAUGCCAUUUUAAGCCCUAAAUGAGAUCCAACACUGAUCUCAUUCAUCUUCCACAUUCUCUCUCUCUUGUUCAUAGUGUUCUUCAUUUUCUCUCUUUUGUUCUUCAUUUUUCAGCACCCUAACCUCUAUUUUCAGUCACCAAACCUCCACAAAACUCAUACCAUUCUUCUCCUCUCUUUAUUUUCAUUCCAUCCCUUCCAUUUUCACAAAGAUUGAAGCUCAUUUCCAUCAUUCAAGAGCUAUGGAGUUUGGCCUUCACAAGCAAUCACUAAGGUUCUUGAAGAUGAAGAUUGGCUAAGUUUCUUUGUGAAAUCCUAGAGAGAUAAAGAUGGAGGAUGAGUCUUGAGCUUCAAAUUGGCUAAGUUCUUUUGUUUCCUAUCCUCUUCUCUUUUUACUAGAUGGUUAAAUUCCUUAAUCUAGGGUUUAAUCAUCUUAGCUUAUAAAUUCUAAUUUGAAUUUGAUGUUGAUGUAAAGAGAGAGGAUUGUUUCAUUCAAUUUCUUCUUUGGACAAC